AUGAUUGGAGAGGCGAUAACAAACGGGCGCAUUUCUCCACUUUUGGUAGGACGAGAUCACAUUGAGCUGUCGUACUUGCAGUUUGCGGAUGAUACUAUACUGUUCUGCCCUCCAGAGGAAGAGACUAUCAGAAAUUACAAGCGCUUACUGUGUUGCUUUGAACUGAUGUCCGGGUUGAGUAUUAAUUUUGAGAAGUCCAAUUUCAUUCCAGUUAAUUGUGAACAGCGUUGGACGGGACAGAUGUGUCAACUAUUGGGAUGUAAGGAAGCCUCUCUACCAGUCCGAUAUCUUGAAAUCUCUCUGGGAACGAAUCCAAGGUUAGUUAAAACUUGGAAACCGGUGAUUGAUAAGGUGGAAGAAAAGUUGAGCUUGUGGAAGGCGAAGACUCUCAAUAAAGCAGGCAAGUUAGUUCUCAUCAAGUCCGUUCUCAAUAGCCUACCUAUAUACUAUCUCAGCCUAUACAAGAUGCCAAGGCAGUAG